AGAGCCAGAAAGAGGAUUUAUUGCAAAUAAAAUAAAAUAAAAUAAAAAAAUCCCAUAAUAGGCAAGUCAUUUUUUUUACAUUCGGAUAUAAAGCAAUCCUAUUUUUGUAAUCGAAUUUUGGAGAAACAUGAGCAUUAGUCGUCUUUUCCACAAUGACAAAAGCACAAUGAGCAUUCCAUUUCCACAAAAAAUAAAAGUAAAACAUCUCAGGGAAAUAAUCACCGACUCCAAAAGCACAGGCGGUUAAAAAAAUGGCAUGACAAUUAAAAACGCAACAGUCGAAACAAUGUUGGAAAUGAAAACACUAGAUCGCAGCCUUUUUUAAAAAAAUGCCAAAAGUGCAUUUGCAAUCAUUUGUGUUCUCGAAAAAAAUCGACGAGCGUGCCUACGGAACGUGCAUAAAACGCAGUCCCAUUGUUUGGAAAUCCGUAUUUAAAUGAAAAGAAACCUCUAAAUACAUAUUGCCAAACAUGCAAAAAAAAAUGAUAAGAAAAGCAGCUCCUUAUCAAAUGGUCCAUCCAACCUCUCCACAUAGACGAAAAUAUUCGAUAUCAUGCUUGAAAGUAAACUUACAUUUUUGGUCGAAAAUCCGCACGCGUUUGUAAAAAUAAAAGAAGGCUUAAAGGUGGUACGAUUAAAAGAAGAGGGAGAAGAAACAACACGGUGAAAGCGAGCAGAGGACCAUGCACAAAUAAGUCAAAAAGGGAAAAGUCCGCAUUAAAAAAAAAAACGGAGGAAAAUGUUGAAAGCAGUUCUCGCUUCCUUAUCAAGGCGCAGAUACAAUAUUUAUUCCUGGUCUCCUGGGAUGCUUCACUGCGUCUAUUGUCCUCCCAUUCCUGUGCUGAUGCUUAAUUUUCAAAACUUGGAUAUUACCAAGGGACCUACGACAUCAGCCGAGAAAUACCCUGCAAGUACAAAAUCCGUGAGCCAGCCCCGUCCGUGCAGAGGGGAGACGCUCGCCUUGCACCAGCUUUUUUUUUCCUGCCCUUAUUACCCACACACGGCGCGCGAGGGGAGACUUUUCAAUUGCUCGCACAUUUGGGGGAUUUUAACGCUUUUUCGCCGCCGUCGGAGAGGAGAGGGGAGGAAAGCAACGAGUACUUUGGAGAAAAAAACACAAUGUCAGCGACCUUCCCGGGGCUUGUCCACGACGCAGAGAUACGUCACGACGGAUCAAACAGCUACCGGCUCAUGCAGCUCGGUUGCCUGGAGUCCGUGGCCAACUCGUCGGUCGCCUACUCCUCCUCCUCCCCGCUCACCUACCCGGCGCCGGCGGGCACGGAGUUCGCCUCUCCUUAUUUCUCCGCCAACCACCAGUACACUCCCCUGCACCACCAGUCCUUCCACUAUGAGUUCCAGCACUCGCACCCGGCCGUGGCCCCGGAGGCCUAUGGGCUCAACUCGCUCCACUCGGGUCAGUACUACCAACAGAUCCACCACGGGGAACCGGCAGACUUCAUCAACCUGCAUAACGCGCGCUCGGCGCUCAAGUCGUCGUGUCUGGACGAGCAGCAACGGCGAGAGCUGGGCUGCCUCGACGCUUACCGGCGACACGACCUGUCGCUCAUGACGUCACACGGCUCCCAGGCCUACGGCGUCGGCAUGCACCAUCCGGACCAGAGACUGCUGCCUGCUGCCGGCCUGGGCCUUCCGACGACCGCAGACGACCUGCAGGGCUCCGUGGAAGCGCAGUGUGGGCUCGUGCUCAACGGACAAGGGGGCGUCAUCCGCAGAGGGGGAACUUGUGUGGUGAAUCCGACAGAUCUAUUCUGCUCAGUACCAGGUCGACUGUCACUACUCAGCUCCACCUCCAAGUACAAAGUCACCAUCGCAGAGGUGAAACGAAGACUGUCACCACCGGAAUGCCUCAACGCUUCUCUUCUGGGUGGAAUACUGCGCAGAGCCAAGUCAAAGAACGGCGGGCGAUGUCUCCGGGAGAAAUUAGACCGCCUCGGCCUCAACCUGCCGGCGGGUCGGAGGAAAGCUGCCAAUGUCACACUGCUCACCUCCCUGGUCGAGGGGGAAGCGCUCCACCUGGCAAGAGACUUUGGCUACACCUGCGAGACAGAAUUUCCCAGCAAGGCGGUGGGCGAACAUUUAGCCCGACAGCACAACGAGUCGAAAGAAAACAGCGCACGAAAGAAAAUGGUUUUGGCCACAAAACAAAUCUGUAAGGAGUUCCAGGACUUGUUGAGUCAAGAUCGUUCUCCUUUGGGCUCUUCCAGACCGACACCCAUCCUGGAUCUGGACAUCCAGAGACACCUGACACAUUUCAGCCUAAUCACACACGGUUUUGGUACGCCGGCUGUUUGCGCCGCUCUCAGCACUUUCCAAACGGUCCUGAGUGAGAUGCUCAACUACCUGGACAAAAACUCGAGCGGCAAAACGAGCGCCACGGCCGACCAACUGAUUAACAGCGGCUCGGAAAAGUCGCAGCUCCGCAAAGCAGCCGAGCCCCAGAGCAAAGACGGGAAAACUGAAAAGACCGAGUAGUCCCACCCGCCUGGCCACCCCCCCCCCCCUCCCCCGUGCCUUGGAGCCGUGUGUGUGUGUGUGUGUGUGUGUUUAUUCUAAUGAUGUAUUUAUUUGCUGAUAUUUUCAUUUUUGGAAUUAGGAUGCACAUGGACAUUCUAACAUCAGUGAGACAUGGUAGGCAGGGUUGCUAAUUGCACAAUGCACACACACACACACUACACAAAGACAAGAAAGGAUUUGAGGCCAAUUGAAUGUGCUACAACAAUAUCAAACCGCAAGAAUUUACUUUCAACGGGUUCAUCUCACACAAGGGGUCAGCACCCCUUUUUGAAAGCGAGAACUCCUUGGCGGGUCCUGAUGAUUGAGAAAGGGCUACCAGUCUGAUACACAUUUGUGAAAGAAUAAAUCUUGCUUAUCUUAGCUUAUAGUACGUGAACACACCGGUCAACGUCAAGCGCGGUGCACUGCACGGCAACCGUCCUCAUUUCAGGACGAGGCUACUUUCACACCACAACGGCGCAAAAUACCCAAUCGGUGCCGCGGCAACUAAUGUGUUUACCAUGUGAACGGAUGAGAAUAGUCGACUGUUUUUACACGCGAGCCUGAUAUGAUGCGACGGUCCGUUCUCAUGAAAUGAACAUUUAAAUUACACGGAAUUCGUCACGCUACACGAUAUGAUUUGGUUGAGAAUCUUUGAAACCAUAGCGACAUCUGAGGUGUCUGCAAUGUUUGCGGAUUUACGCUCGUCAUCUUUUUAAGAGUUUUAACUUGGCGAGUUUCCGAACGCAAAUUCUUACUGAAUUCUUGUGAGAACACAUUGGAAUGUUACAACCUGAGCUCGAGGCUACGCCGCGACGUGCGUUUGUGUGUGAAUAUGUAUGUUUUACGGGUGGGGUUUUUGAGGGAGGGGGGGGGGCGGGGGGAGGGUUUGUAAAGUGUGAGAUGGGUCCAAGUCAGCCAUUUUGUAACAGUGACUCAGCAAUUACUAUUUCCUGUGCAUGUCCAUGUCUAUCUUUGUACACUCUCCGAAAAACGCCGGUUUAGCCAACGCAAGCGCUCCGACUCGCCCAUGAACAUUUGUAAAGAUAUACAGUCUAUAAAUAUUUAAAUUACUUUUCUUGUAGGACUUUGACGAUAUAUAUGUUCAACUUACAUUUGAAAAAAAUGCUGGUGUUCAAUAAAUACAAGUUACGACGUGUUCUAUUAUUUA